AUGUACACUAAAACAAAAUGUAUGAUUUGAUGUGGAAAACCAACACAAAAAUGACGAGUCUAAGUCCGACAUACAAAAUUUUUAGUGCCAAAAUGUUCCGCUUACCAUCCAUUGUGCGUCCUGCCCUUACCCGCCUUGCUACAGCUAACAGAUGUGCUCCUGCUGCCAUAACAAACCAGAGAGGCUAUGCCAAAGAGGUGAAGUUUGGCCCAGAGGCAAGAUCUGCAAUGCUUAUUGGAGUUGAUGUACUUGCUGAUGCAGUUGCUGUAACCAUGGGACCAAAGGGACGAAACGUUAUAAUAGAACAAAGCUGGGGCAGCCCCAAAAUUACAAAAGAUGGAGUUACUGUAGCUAAAUCAAUAGAACUGAAAGAUAAAAUGCAGAAUGUUGGUGCUAAACUUGUACAAGAUGUUGCCAAUAACACAAAUGAGGAAGCUGGGGAUGGUACAACUACAGCAACUGUUCUAGCCAGGGCCAUAACUAGGGAAGGAUUUGAAAAGAUGAGCAAAGGAGCUAACCCAAUUGAGAUCAGAAAAGGAAUUAUGCUAGCCGCUGAGAAAGUUAUAGAAGAACUUAAAAAUAUAGCAAAACCAGUAACUACCCCAGAGGAAAUACAACAGGUUGCCACUAUAUCAGCCAAUGGUGACAGUUCAGUGGGUGAGCUGAUCUCUAGUGCAAUGAAGAAGGUGGGAAAAGAGGGUGUAAUCACAGUCAAAGAUGGCAAGACGCUCCAGGAUGAGCUAGAAACCAUCGAGGGAAUGAAGUUUGACAGGGGAUACAUCUCUCCCUACUUCAUCAAUACAACUAAAGGCGCCAAAGUAGAAUACCAAGAUGCAUUGGUAUUAUUCAGUGAGAAGAAAAUCUCAAAUAUCCAAUCCAUGAUUCCCGCCCUAGAGCUGGCCAAUACCAGUCGUAAACCACUCAUUAUCGUAGCUGAAGACAUUGAUGGGGAAGCUCUUACCACAUUAGUAUUAAAUAGACUGAAGGUUGGUCUCCAGGUGUGUGCAGUUAAAGCACCAGGCUUUGGUGACAACAGGAAGAAUACUCUCAGGGACAUGGCAGUUGCCUCAGGUGGAAUCGUGUUUGGAGAUGAUGCCAACAUGUACAACCUUGAGGAUGUUCAGCUCAAUGACUUGGGAGGUGUUGGUGAGGUGAUUAUCACCAAGGACGACACUCUCCUUAUGAAGGGUAAAGGCAGCCCAGCUGACUUGGAGAAGAGAGUUAACCAAAUCAAAGAUGAGAUUGAAUUGACCACAUCUGAGUACGAAAAGGAGAAACUCCAGGAACGACUUGCCAAACUUGCUAAUGGAGUUGCAGUAAUCAAAGUUGGAGGAUCCAGUGAAGUUGAGUGCAAUGAAAAGAAAGACAGAAUCAAUGAUGCCCUCAAUGCAACUAGAGCUGCUGUAGAGGAGGGCAUUGUACCAGGUGGUGGUGUUGCCCUCAUCAGAUGUCUCAAAGCCCUUGAGGGACUUCAGACUCCAAAUUCUGACCAACAAGUCGGUGUUGAUAUUAUCCGUAAGGCUGUCAAGAUCCCCUGCUUCCAAAUUGCCUCAAAUGCUGGAGUUGAUGCCAAUGAUGUAGUACAAAGAGUCAUGACUGAAUCUGCAGAGAAUGGUUACGAUGCAAUGAACAACACAUUUGUUAAUAUGGUAGCUAAUGGAAUUAUUGAUCCAGCAAAGGUUGUCCGAACUGCGUUAACAGAUGCCUGUGGUGUUGCCUCAUUAUUGUCUACAGCUGAGGCUGUUGUCACUGAAUUGCCCAAGGAGGACCCUCCCAUGCCAGCUGGUGGUGGAAUGGGGGGAAUGGGAGGCAUGGGGGGAAUGGGAGGAAUGGGGGGCAUGAUGUAAUUCAUGAAUUUCAGUGAAUCAUGAAGUAACCAGAUGUCUGUUGUGAUUGUAGCAGUAAUGUGACCUUGAACUUUUAGUGGACGGAUGGCUGCUAUGUUGGAAGAUAUUAGUGACCUUGAACUCUAUUUAGUGGACUUCUGUUCUACAUAAAGGAAUUGUCAAGUGUCAUCGAAAUAAUUUUAUCAGUUGACUGUUCAAUAUUGUAAUAUGGACCAUUUGAUGAACACUUAACAGUGGUCUGCUUAAAACCUGGUUCAUUAUGGCACGAGAAAAUACAGAAAUCAGCAGACAAAUGGUUGCUAAGAUCAGGAAUUAAGAACAAAAUGAAUAAAGUGUGUUGCUAGGAUCAAGACAGUGUAAAUUAUUCAUUCCACUGUGACAUCAUCAUUUAUAUGUGAUAUCAUCAUGUUUAUAAUCAUGUGACGUGAUGUGGAUGUAACACAAUUUCAUGGUUAAAAUCCUCUGAUCAAAUGUAUGCAUUCUUCAACAGUGGAAUGUUAUACCAUAAAUUACAAUGUUUUAUUAAAUUAUUCACUUAAAUUGUGAUGAUGAAAUGCCAAAAUAAAUAGUUUAGUCAGUCAUUAGGUCAGAACU